AUGGCUCCCUGGGACGCUGCCGAAGACCGCGCUCUUCUCCUUUCUGUCAUCGCCGUUGCUCAGGUCCAGCCCAACUGGGAGGACGUCGCUACUCAGCUUGGCAAGACCAAGGAGGCUGUCCGCCAGCGCUUCGCCAAGCUCAAGAAGGAAGCCGCCGACCCAUCUGCCGCCACCACUAACACUGGCGAUGGUGCUGCUCCUGCCGCCGUUGCCACCCCUACCUCUCGCAAGCGUAAGACCAAGGCUAAGGCCAAGGCCAAGAAUGUCGCUUCGGACGAGGAAGAUGAGGACGAAGACACUCCCUUGACCAAGAAGUCCAAGAAGAUCUUCAAGAAUGAAGAUAAGGAAGAGGACACUCCUAUGACCAAGAAGUCUAAGAAGACCAUCAAGGAUGAAGACGAAGAUGAGGACGAGACUUGA